AUGGCGGAUGGCGAGAAGCUGAAGCUCAAGUCAUCCCAGGGCGAGAUUUUCGAGGUCGAUCCUGAGGUUGCUACCAUGUCGACUCUGAUCAAAAACAUGGUCGAGGACAGUGGCACAGAUGAAGAAAUUCCUUUGCCAAAUGUAAAAACGGCGAUUCUGAGCAAGGUUAUUGACUAUUGCAAGUACCACAAGGACAACCCGCCCGAAGAGAUCCAAAAGCCGCUGAAGAGCACCAACCUAGUUGAGUGCGGCGUCUCGGAGUGGGACAGCGAAUACGUGAACAUCGAGCAGGAGGUCCUGUUUGAGUUGAUCCUGGCAGCCAACUACCUUGACAUCAAGAGCCUCCUGGACCUCACUUGCGCUAAGGUUGCCUCUAUGAUCAAGGGCAAGAACACCGAAGAGAUUCGCAAGCAGUUCAACAUCGUGAACGACUUCACCCCCGAGGAGGAGGCGCAGGUUCGUGAAGAGAACCGCUGGUGUGAGGAUGCUUAG